AUGGACAAUGCGCUGCUUUCACAAAUCCAAGGCGGGAAAAAGCUGAAGAAGUCGCAGACGAAUGACAGAUCAGGGCCAUCGGUGGGCGGGGGAGUGGUCGGUGAGGGAGGCGGCGGUGGUGGCAGUGGUGGCAGUGGCAGCGGCAGCACCAACACCACCACCAAACAAGCAAACCCCGCAGACACAUCAACGGCCCCGCAACUCGGUGGGAUAUUCGCAGGCGUUGGAAUGCCCAAGCUGCGUCCAGCGGGUGGAAAGGGCGUUGCAGGAAUAAACAAAGCAAGCCUAGCUAAGCCACCGUCGAUACCCAAGGCACCAGCAGCCACAACACCAGCAACACCACCAGCACCACCAAACAGAGGUAUGCCACCGAGACCACCAGCAGCCCCGCCGGCUAGGGCUACACCACCACCACCACCUCCAGCACCAGCUCGAGGUAUUCCCGCAGCCCCGCCAGUACCUGCGCCCAUGCCAACGCCCACAACACAAACAACCUCUCGGCCCCCUCCGCCAGUCCCACCAGUUAAUCCAGCUGGUGCAGCUGGUAAGAAGCCACCUCCACCAAAACCCAAACCAAAGCCUGGUGCGGGUGCGAGUGGGAGUAUGGCAGCAGCAGCAGCGGCGGUGGCUGCAGUGACACCUCAAUUACCAGCAACUCAAUUACCAGCAACUCAAGCACCAGCAACUCAAGCACCUUCUCAACCACCACGCGUACUACCACCAGGACCAGCAACAGCAACAGCAACAGCAACAGCAACAGCACCAGCACCAGCACCACGUUCAAUACCCCAACCACCUCAACCACCUAAUAGACCAUCACCACCUCCAGCCCCACAGCGAAAAGCACCGCCAAGUCUACCAUCGAGAGGUGCAAAUUUGGUUUCGAAACCACCACCACCACCGGCUAGAGGGGGAGAAAGAGGUGGACUGGGAAUUGGCAGUGGGAUUAGUAAUAACAAUAACAGACAACCACCACCGCCACCACCACCCAGACCAACAACCAGCUCAUCGAUUCGGGCACCACCACCACCACCACCGGCAAGAGGCGGAUUUAAUUCCAAUGUGAAUGUCAACAAUGGGAAAUCUGGAACACCUGGAACACUUGGAACACCUGGGAAACCUGGAAAAUUCGGAAAAUCACGAAUAGUAGCAGCUGAACCAAAGGAGGGUAUCGGUGCUGUUUCCAUACCCAAUCAAACACUUGAACCACCACCACCUCUACGAUCAGCCACAAUACGCAACGUGAAUAAGCCAGAAGGAACACAAGAGAUUAGUGAUAGCAAAACACCACCAGAUAGCCUCGGUGAAUACUCGUUUACAAGUUAUUUGGAUAUACCACCACCCCGGGAGUAUUUAAAGACAUCAUUGACGUAUCCGAGUGGCAGAAACAAGGCAACCAACUUUGAUUUAAGGCAGUUGGAAUGA